UUUUUCAUAUUCGUUUUUGUUUUCUUUUAGGCCGUUAUUAUCCUUUCUAUGGCGAUAAUAUCAGAGUCGUCCGUGCCACAGCCCAGAGCACCAAACUUCCAGUACUUUGAAAGACCGAAAUACCGUUAUCCAUACUACGACGAGAAUGGUAAAGGCAAACUGUUGUACGGCUACGGUGGUCCAGACUUGUAUCAAUACAAAUCCUACUCACCGCUAGAGGGCAUUCAUUAGGUAUUUUACAUCAGUAAUCAUAUUAAACCAAUCACUAGUUGUAUAAUAGGAUUA